GCAUGCGCAGUGGCGGCGCGGUGAAGGGCAUUGGAAGCGAAUGAGACGUCUGCGAAACGCUGGCAGCGCAAACUGACUUUAAUAUCAACACCCUUCAGCAUCAGCACUGCGGGGCGGCUUCACUGGACUCAGGCGGACACUGACAGUCCCGCACAGCGCCGUCUUAAUUCCUCCGUGUACAGCCUUCCACUGCACUGCGGAGGAGCUGGACCAGGACUUGUCACUGGAUGGGACAAUAAACCUCAUGACUGAUUUGCCUAAUUAUGCAAGUUUGCUGAUAGCAUAAAUUCGUGAGGUUCCCCAGUGCCCUGACCUGAAUGGCUGUGUGCAGAGGGGGUGUCUCUUUUUGGGUGGGUUGCAUCAGGAGCCAUGGCAGAAGGCAGCCGUUAAGAAAACAGAGCUGGAGCAUAUGGCAGACACUUGACUCGCAGUUGAAUGGCACCUGUAGAGUCCUUAGCAGCGCGUCAUGGGCUUUGGCUCCCCCAAACAGCCUCUGUUAUCAGUCUGUAAAGAAGCCGUCCCUUUCUCAUCCCUUCCACCAUGCCUGCCAGCCACAAAGAGACAGAGCACAUAGUCUAGAAGAGGAAUUUGAGGAGACCCUUAGCCUGUGUGUUCUUCUUAAACCCAACGAGACGGACGAACAACAUACCCUGGUGGAGGUGCCCCUAUUUGGACAAGUCAAGUUGGGCGAGUUCCUGGCUUUAGGAGCCAACAGACCCACUGACCUUGUUUUUUCUUUGACCACUGUUGACGGGUGGAGAGAAGAUGACAUUAGCGUUGUUAAAAUGUCCGGGACUGAGAAAAAGCCCGUGUGGGAGCAGAGGGAGAGAGGCUCGUUCAGGAGUUUGUUUGAGACUGAAGGAUGUCCAGCUCCAUUCAUUUUGGGCUCUCAUUUCUAUUGCUUUCACUGCCCUGGAAUGGAGCAUGUGCCUGUGACUGGAGAUGGGCUGAGGAUUGGACGUACCUGCCUUCCACCUUCCUUUACCUCUCUCUGCAGUCAUGCUGAGAAUGAGGGCAUGGAGAGCGGUCCCAGUGAGAAGGACAUGGAGAACGAGGAGAAGCUAGCUCUGAUGUAUGAAAAACUAAGGACUGAGCUUCCUGGCUUUUUUGUGAAGAAUCAUGAUUACAGCAUAUAUUCCAUUGAUGUCGAAUUCAUCAAUGGUCUUCUCAACACCAAGACAAGAGGCCGUGUGGCAUACCAGCUGACCCUGUCGCUGUGGCGGUUGCUGUGUCUGUGCUAUUAUGCGGAGGCUCGGCUGGAGGUGCUGAAGCUAACGAAGCAUCCAGAGGACGGCUCCAUCAAAGCACGCUGGAGGGUCAAGGGCCUGCCUUUCCACUCUCUACUGCUCCGCUUCUACAAGAAAGACAAGACUCAGCUUUACAGGACCUUCGAUGCAUUCUCUACCUUCUACCUGGGCUCUGAUGGGCUUAUACACUGUCAUAAAGUGGAAAAGGUAAUGCAAGCUCAGCCGCCUGUGCUGCCCAAAGUGACUUCACUGCUAGCUGGGGCCCUGGUGGCCCUGGGGAUUCAGGAGCAUCGGCCCGCUCUUAAUCUGCUGCCACUAUUCCUCUCCUCCUUCAGACAGGGUCGAGAGUAAAGAAGAGAGCACAGGAAAGGCACUGUGUGGGAGUGUGUGGUUAGAGGAGCAUGUGUUUCUGAUGUGGAAGUGAGAUUGAAGAGUAAACCUUCUCUUGGAAAAAAAACUGAAAAAGACAGAAAGAAAUGACAAACCCAUUAAACCAAGGAUGUGAUCAGCACCGUUUACAGGAGUAACAGUUGUACCAUAUCAUUGUCAGUUAUCUUACUUGUCUAAUCGAUUACGAGAUACUGUGCUAUGUCUCAGCUCUGUAGUACGUCAGUACGUCAGUACGUCAGCUGAUGCCUACAGAAAGCCUUUCAGUGCUCUCAGUAUGCACUGGAAAUCAAUGCUUCAGUAUUGGCAGUUUUUCCUUCCCCAUUUGCUUCCAUUCUGUUUACUAAAAUGAUUAAACACUACCAUGAACUACAGAACUUGUAGAAUAGCAGUUUCUUAGUUCAGGAACAUUUCAGGCAUCUGUAAUUAGGGAGUUUACUUGCAUCCUUCAUGAGAGUCAGCUGACAGCAAGCACACAUCAAGAGGAGAGCACAGUUGUGUAUUAAUAAAUGCCUAAGCAAGACUUUUCACUAUAGGAAAUAAUUUAUUGAGCUUGCAACAACAUCUGUACCACCAGUUUUGUAUAUAUCUUUCACUCAUCUGGAGAAAUCAAUUGUCUUAACCUGUGUCCUGCGUUGUAGAGUGGCUUUGACUUCCAGCUACAAGAAUUUGGGGAAUAGGGAGCAAGUUUCAGAUAAAAGCCAGUCUUUUUUUCUUAUAGCAAAUCAAAUAGAUAGAUCCAUGAAACAUGAAGUAACUGUCUUCCUCCUUUUUGUGUGGUGCAUGCCACCAAUUGGACACGUUAGUCAUUUCCGCAGUGGACAUCCUUGAGGCUGGUUCCUGAAAUGUACACAUUACGUAGUAAUGAGAAAAUGUUCACUCCAGUUCAGAUAUAGGAAUAUGCGCUUUGGGAUGAAAGGUAGUUCAGUAUCACUUGUAAAGAGACGUACACACAGAUAUCAAACUUCAGCCUUCAAAAUGUUUGUUUUUCUUCUUUUGACUUUGGUCUGGGAUUAAUUACAUUGAGAUGGAGCUGCUAGAUGUUUUAUUUGGUAUUAUAUUUUGUAACCCCAAUUGUCUGCAUUGACCUUAUUACUUAUUUCAUUACAGAAUGGAGUCAGUUUUUUUGGGAACACUUCACUGAAAUGCAGCAUUUGUACGACAACUGAUUUAAACCUACAUUAACAUUUAAGAAGGCUUAAUCCAAUGAGCAUCAGUUGUCAUAAAGGCUGCAUCAGUCAGUUUCAUCCAGAAAGUGUUAUGACAGUUGAUGCUUGUUGGAAUAAGUCUUUAUAAACAUUUCAAUAUAAAUAUGAAAGGCUUAUGUUAUGUAGGUAUUACGUAGCCUUAUGAAUGCUGCUGUACAGUAAAGUGUUAAUGUUUUUUCUAACGCACAAAACAGCCACGUGAGUGCAGCUAUGAUUGAAGUACAAAGGUACUGUAUAGGUUACUGCUUAUAUAGUACUAUAAACCUGAAUGGCCCUGCUAUAGUGAUCUGCUGUACAUAGCAAAUGCAGAAGCAUAUCUGUCUGAAUCCAUUUCUGCUCUGCUUCACUGUGUUUGUGAUCUAAGACAGUGCUUAUUUGGAUUAGUUCAGGGACUGGUUACAGUCAGCUUGUUAGCAAUUGAAGACAGAAGGUCUUAUGAGUCUUAUUACAAUGUAAUGGAUCAGUUAUGCCUUUGUAGGGCUGGUUAACACUGAACUGAUUUCAGCCAAAUUGUAACCCUUUUCUGUGACCUCUGUAUGUUUAUUAACAGAUGCCUUGGUAGAGUUGUACCAACCCAGAGCAUGCUAGCAAGACUUUGAUUGGGAAAUAGCACAUUUGGGAACCAUUCAGUCAAAGAGAUGAUGCCAAAGUAGCCUAUGAGUUUGGCAGGGUUUUAACCCUAGUCUGGACAAGAAGUGGUUCUUGUUUUCCUGUUAGCCUUUGAAUCUGUCAGAUACGACAAAGAUUCAGUUUCUGCCUCUAUUUACAGUGAUUCACAAUCCAAGAUCAGACAUAUAGGCAUAUAUUAGCUGAGAUAUAUCCUUUAACACUGUGAUGGUGUUAAAACAUUUCAUCUUACUUUACUUUCCCAGUAAUUCCAACAUGUGAAUUUAUCAGCAUAUGUUCCUUUAUUGUUCAGUGUUUUGUUCAAAGCCAGUUUUGUGUGACAAACACUGUAAACAAGUACAAAUUACAUGUGCACAUGAUAAAAGAUGUAGAAUGAGAA